UGCGUAUAGAAGUGGAAGACAGUGUGAUGGGAAGUUUCCUUCAAUCUGUCUUUCUCUGUGCGAAGUGAUCGCUCGUUGGAAGAGCUUUUGAUAGGCGGUAUACUCUGUAGACCAUCAUCAUGCAACUAACAAUUCGCGGGCAGGAAACGACCGUUGUCGAUUGUCAGGAUAAUGAGACGAUACAGCAACUGAAGGAAAGGAUUACAUGCCUUCAGGACAUUAAGGAGUUUAAUCUUUAUUGCAAUGGAGUUUUGUUGACCGAUGAAACUUCUGUUAAUGAACUUUCAUCUGACACAUUAGAGUUGACUAUUUCAUUGUUGGGAGGAAAGGUACACGGUUCCUUGGCACGUGCCGGCAAAGUAAAGGCACAGACACCAAAGGUUGAAAAACAAGAGAAGAGCAAGAAGAAAACUGGCCGUGCUAAACGACGCAUCCAGUACAACCGCAGGUUCGUGAAUGUCGUUCAGACUUUCGGCCGUCGACGUGGACCUAAUGCAAAUACAAAUUCGUAAAAAUUAUAUUGUGCUAUUAUGAAAUCAAAUAAAAUGUAAUUCUGAAAUAU